AUGAUAGAACGGUUUCUGGAAAAUACGCCUAAUGCCCUUUCAACCGACUUGGACCACGAUAUAAUUAUGGAUGAUAAUGAAGAAAAUGAUGACGAUGCUGAAGACGAAGAGGAUAUCAUUAGAACAACUGAACUGCUGGAAGGAUGGUAUAGACAUCAUCAACAAAGCUACGAAAAUAAACCCAACCUAGUCAUCAUUCUUCAAGAUUUUGAGUCUUUCGAGCCAGCCAUUCUUCAGGACUUCUUUACAAUAUGCAGUGAAUACCGAUCUCGAUUACCAAUCGUUUGCAUCAUGGGUAUUGCAACAUCGACGGAAAUUCUUCAUCAAUCUCUCAAUAAAUCAACUAUUGGACUGCUUCGGAUCGAAAAGUUUAGGUUAGAACAAAGUGGAGUGUGGUUCAAUAGAGUUAUAGAAAAGGUUCUUCUUGACUCAACAAGUACAUUGAAAUUUGGUGCUCGUCCUUACAAAUUCUUGUUGGAUCAUUUUUAUUUAUAUGAUUUUUCAAUGACCAAAGUCACAGCUAGUCUGAAGUACGCAUUGAUGCACCAUUUUUAUGGAAAUCCACUUUCUAUCUUUUUACCGCUUUUGCAAAUGGAUGAAUUUGACAUGACAGCAACUUUACAACAAUGGAUAAGAAAUGAUUUCAUCAACGAGCACCAUAUUACACAUAUUCGUAUGCUUGGAUCUUUCAAGAACUACGUAGAGUCAUUGGCAGAUACAGAUCCUAAAAAGGCUCUUCAACUGUUGGAAGAUGACGAUUUUCUCAUAACAGAAGUUGUCCCAUCACUUUUGUGUGAUAUCAAAAUAUACCAAGAACAAUUCAAAAUGGGAUUUAAUCUUCUUCUCCUGCUCCAAAAGCAGUUCCCGUCAUUUUCUAGCGUAAACAAAUCAAAACUUAUGCUGCUUUUAGAAGUACUGGAAGCGAAAGAUGGAUUAUCAGAAAAUACAGACAUGGUGCGAAGAUUGGUUAGUUUUGUAAGAAAAAUUGACACCGAACAUGUCGGUAGGUUACUGAAAGAGUUACGCCACUUGUUCUCCGAAUACGAAAAUGUCAAUGAAAGUUUCUUGGAGCAACUGGCAGUGUGGGAUAAGCGCUAUGAGGGUUUGAUGGAAGCAGAUGAUAAUUAUAAUACAAGAAUGGACAGAAAAUCGAAAUUACUGGAAGGUAUGGUUUUAGAGAACGAACAAAGAAGACAUACCGAAACUGCAAGAAAGGUCCAAGAUCAGGCUCUUGAACAUUUGAAAAGGAAGGGUACAGAAGCUUCAAAAAUUGCUAUGGAUAUCGCAGAUUGGUGUGAUAAAACUCUUGGGCAUUUAUUAAGAUCUUUUACAAAAAUGCCAUUGUUUGAGUUGGUGUAUUAUACAAAUAUAAAAUUGCAUGAAAAGUCAUUUGCAUCUCAGCCCCGUGCUUCUGCCCAAACUGCAUUAACUCAACCACAGCAUUAUAUUAACUGUUCUUGUUGCGACAUUGAAAAGAGUGAUCAAAUUGUAACUUCAGAGCAUGAUACUUGUAUCUUGUACAAGCUUUAUCUUGAAUGUGGACGUUUAAUCAAUCUUUACGAUUGGUUCGUAGCAUUCGGGUGUAUCAUAGAAAGAGAAAAAAGACCAGCAAAUCAAAAGCUAGAGGAAAAUGAAGUCCAGGCAAGAUUUAUCAGAUCUGUGGCGGAACUUCAAUUCCUAGGAUUUAUCAAACCAACUCAAAGAAAGACUGAUCACGUUAUCAGACUCACUUGGUCGAAUAUUUAA